AGCAAAAUGUUCUUCCAGUUUUAAUACAGAAAUAUUUAUUAGAAGAUAUUUAUAACGCCGACGAGACAGGCCUAUUUUAUAAAGCUCUUCCGAAUUGUUCAUACAUAUGUCGCGAGAAGCCAAGCCGUAAGUGGACUUAAGACAUCAAAAGAGAGAAUCACAUUGCUCUUUAUAACCACUGCGACUGGUACAAACAAAUAUGCGUAUGCCAUCGGAAAAUAUAAAAACCCAAAGUGUUUUCGAGGUGUUAUCAUUCCUAUCCCAUAUACAUUUAACAAAAAAGCGUGGAUGACUAGUUGCAUCUGGAGAGAAAUUAUAAAAGAGUUUGAUGAUAAACUGGCAGCAAAAAAUAAAAAGAUUCUACUCCUUAUUGAUAACGCUUCAUGCCACAAAUUGGAUUUCACACCAAAAAGCAUUGAAAUUGUAUUUUUACCACCGUGUACUACAAGUCUAAUUCAACCUUUGGACCAAGGUAUUAUUCAGUCUUUGAAAUCACAUUAUAGAAAGUGUCUAGUUCGCGAACAUAUACUAGCAGCAGAAGGUGGAUUUAUGGCUAAUUUCUUAAAAAGCGUUAAUAUUUUGAGAGUCUUGGACAUUGUCAGGCGCACUUGGUGGCUCGUGACUCUUCAAACAAUUCGAAAUUGUUUUAAAAAGGCCGGAAUUUACGAAGGAAUCCUUGUAAUGGACUCAAAUGAUAAUACUACCUCAGAGAAUAUUUAUUGUGAAACCGAAAGCCGUGCCUCAAAUGAUGAUUUUUGCGAGAUUCAAGACAAUAACUCUUUUUUAUUUAAAAAUUUAGCUGAUUUGGAAAAGGAGAACUGUUUUGGGGCUAUAAACGAAAAUGAUAUAAUAGACGAAAUACUAGAAGAUGAGAGUGGAGAUAUUAUAGAAGACUCUGCAGGUAGUGCAAAGCCACCUAGCAGAGAGGAAGCGCUACAAGCCUUGUUUGUAUUGAAGCAAUAUUUAAAUGAUGAUGAUAACUUAGUAAAUAUUGAGAAAAUUCUCUUUAAUGAACGUGACAAAUCUCUUGUUCAAAAAAAAAAUAAUAAAUGA